GUCGUCGUAACACCGUGCAGUCAACCCAGUACUGGCGCAAGCAUGGUCGCGCUCUCGCUCGUCUCCCGCGUUCUGCUCGUCGUGGGCCUCGUCGCCGUGCCGCUGUACCUCGCGGCGACGUCGCUCUCUGCGCUCCUCGUGCUCGCCGUGCUCUACGUGCCGCCGGUCGCGCUCUUUGGCUGGAUGUACCUCUCGGCAACGGCGCGGCCCACGUCCAAUGUCAACUGGGACAUGCUGUUUCGCGUCUUCUGCGGCGGCCUCUGCCCCGGCGUCCUUCUCGCGAUGGUCGUCGAGUCGAUCCUCACGGCGACGCUCUUCUUCCUCUGCAUCGACUCGGCCGACGUCUUUGCGCAGUACGAGCGCUACGGGUCAUCGCACCCGAACGCGACGUCGACCGAGAUCCUCUCGCAUCUGCACAUUCGCCACACGCUGGGCUUUUUCAUCUUUGUGUUUUGCCUCGCGUUCGUCGUCGCGGGCCUCGUCGAAGAGUACGUCAAGUACUGGCUCGUGCGAGGCCGCUGCUGCGUUGCGUCUGGCUUUUGCACGCCCUUGACGUCGCCCCACAUUGUCGACCCGUUCUACACCGUGCUCUGCUUUGCCGCCGCCGGCUGCGGCUUUGCCACCUUUGAGAACGCUGGCUACGCCUUUACGCAAGCGACGUUCGACGCGCAGCUGCAGACCGCGCUCCUUCGCGGCCUCCUCGCGACGCCCUUGCACGUGCUCUGCACAAGCCUCACGGGUAUGCGCGUCGUCGCGGCCGAGCUGCGCAAGGCCCAAUCGCCGCCAAGUGCACUGGAGCCAGCGUCCACGUGCGAGGCGCUUCGCGCCACGAUCCGUUGCAUCUUGCCAGCUGUGGUGCUUCACGGCGUGUACGACUUUCAGAUGUUUGUGUGCACUGCGCUGUGGCCCGAGUCGACGUACGCAUCAUUGCUGACGGGCGCGCUCUGCCUUGUCCUCGGCGCGUGGUAUGUCUACCGCCUCUAUUCGUUCAUCAACUGGGACUACCAAGUCCUCGACUACAGCGACGCCGCGGUGCACGCGAUGGAGACGGGCGCCGAGCUCCAGCCACCGACGCCUGGCCACGUGCUGUAGCGAAGUAAAGAAGCGGUCCUUCCUGCCGCCUUGCUAGAGGAAUAAUUUCGUGCAUUUUCGUGG